CCAAGUCAACCGCGUCUGGCUCUGUGUACUUCCCGAAGGUCUACAUAGGCAACCGAAGAAGUUUGUUAGCUUCUCAUCCAAAAAACAAAACCCAAAAAAAGUAAAAGGGAACCAACCCAAAAGCAUCAGUGGUCUAUGCUAUCAGCUACCGCUAGCUAUGGUAUCUGAAAAGUAAAAAGUUGAGAUAUUUUUCGUGUCUGAAUUGCAGUUGGGUUCUUAGUAUUUAUGUUUUUUCUGGGGAAAGAGGAAAACAUCGUGCUGGCAGAUUGAACCCAGAAAACAAAAUCUCAGUCUGCAGGGAAAAGAAGAUCUUUGCUUAUUUUGCUGUUGGGGAUCUUUUAGUUUGGAUUUUUAGGGUUUAUGUUGGAUUUGAAGACCUUGGUGAGAGAGAGAUUUUGGGAAACUUUUGUCUGAUGGGGGUUUGCUGGAGCAACAGAAUCAAGGCUGAAAGUCCUUCCAAUACAGGAUUCAAUUCGAAAAAUGGGAGUGGUUCAAGUAGCAGGGCCUCGUCGACUUCCUUGCCCCUGACUCCUCGGAGCGAGGGUGAGAUCUUACAGUCCACUACUUUGAAGAGUAUCAGCUUCAGUGAGCUCAAAACCGCCACAAGAAACUUCCGUCCUGACAGUGUGCUUGGAGAUGGGGGUUUUGGUUCUGUUUUCAAAGGUUGGAUGGAUGAAAGUUCGCUUAAAGCGUCCAAGGCCGGGACUGGCAUGGUGAUCGCUGUGAAGAAACUCAACCAAGAUGGAUUCCAGGGUCACAAGGAAUGGCUGACAGAAAUCAACUAUCUUGGUGAGCUGCAUCAUCCCAAUCUUGUGAAACUCAUUGGUUAUUGCUUAGAGGAUGAUCACCGGCUCUUGGUUUACGAGUUCAUGCCUAAGGGCAGCAUGGAAAAUCAUCUAUUCAGGAGAAGUUCUCACUUUCAACCACUUUCUUGGAGCCUCCGAAUGACAAUUGCCCUCGGCGCUGCAAAGGGACUUGCCUUUCUCCACAAUGCUGAAAGACAAAUCAUACAUCGUGACUUCAAGUCAUCAAAUAUUCUGCUCGACUCGAACUACAAUGCAAAGCUGUCUGAUUUCGGGUUAGCCAGGGAUGGGCCAACUGGUGACAAGAGCCACGUCUCUACUAGGGUCAUUGGAACCCAGGGAUAUGCUGCUCCGGAGUAUUUAGCCACAGGUCAUCUUACUACCAAGAGUGACAUAUACAGUUUCGGAGUUGUUCUUCUAGAAAUGUUAUCUGGACGACGAGCUAUAGAUAAGAACAGGCCAACUGGAGAACACAAUCUGGUGGAAUGGGCAAAACCAUACCUGAGAAACAAACGCCGAGUUUUUCGUGUCAUUGAUCCUCGCCUUGAAGGUCAGUACUCAGUCAGUCGUUCCCAAAAGGCUGCCGUCCUUGCACUUCAAUGUCUUGCUGUAGAUCCCAAGUACAGACCUGACAUGAAUGAAGUGGUAACCAUACUGGAGGAACUUCAGGACACAAAGGGCAUACCAAAAAGUACACAGAAAGAGCACAAUGCAACUAGUCAAGGCCUUCCUAACGGUGCGCCUGACUCCAGCAAAAGGAGUGUUGACGACGCUCUCAGCGUGACUGCUUAUCCCCGGCCUUCCAGAAACCCACUUUUUGCUUGAAGAGAAAGCUUUCGUGUUGCCCGAGAUAUGGGGAAAGGUGUGAAGUGAAGUCUUGAAUCUUAAUCUUGAGAGUUCAAAUUUGUACAUACCCAAGAAUUGUUCAAGUAGUGUGUAGUGAUUGUGUAUAAUGUCUUCGAGUCUAUUGCCUUAUGGCAUUUUGCGGUGAUUUACUCACAGAAUCACCGACGGUGCAGAAUUCUGUUCUGGUUACUGAAAAAAAGAAACGCAGAAUUGCAACAUGUGUAUGAGAAGUGUGAUUCAGGUUCAGCUCA